GCCUGCCUACCACUUCCUUAUCCAUAUCCCUCUCUUCUGUCUGUAUAUUGGCCAUCACUGCUGUAUCACUAUCUGAAGUAUGGGUCUCAUCCGUCCGGCAACACCAGGCUUUCUCGUCACUCUCACAGCGACCAUCCUCCUCGUCGUAGUCUCGUUCUCGGUUCCCUGGUUCAAGUCCGUCUAUUUCCUCAAAGCGAAUCUAUCUGUCGAAAACAUCAGCGGGUCUAUCACCUUCGGAACAUCGGGCUAUUGUCUGGAAUUGUCAAACGGCACGACUUGCUCAAAGCCUUCUAUCGGUUACGAGCUAGAUGUUAAUUCGCUGGUCGGAAACAGCCUUCCCAUCCAAAUACCAAAUGUCGCAGUCAAAUGGCUCACAUACGCCCUCGUCCUGCACAUCGUUGCCUUGGUUUUAGCCGCCAUCUCGUCCCUUUUCGGUCUCCUCGCACACAUCCGCGAAAUGUCGAUGACCUGCUUCAGCUCCUGCGUAUCCGGAUUUGCAGCUACCAUUGCCCUCCUCGCCUUCAUAUUUGACCUGGCGUUCUUUUUCAUCGCCAGGAGUCGCAUGAACGCCGUCAGCGGCGGCUCAGCCAGUCUCGGUAACGCCAUUUGGCUCACGCUUGCUGCGUGGGUCCUGCUAUUCUUUAGCGGCUGCUUCUUCGGAUUAGGGAGGUGCUGCAUCAAGAGACGGCCCCGCAAGCCGUGGGACAAGAAGGAGGACGAUAGGUGGACUGCCCCCACAGCUGGCGCCCCUGCUGGCAGCAACAACUACGCAGAACAGCUACGGUUGGAUGCCGUCAAAGCUGAGGCAGACAGGAAAGCCCGGGCAGCCCGAGGUGAAGGAGGUCUGCCUGCUUUCCACGAAUAUCAACCUCUGAAAGCGCGAGUAGAAGGGGAUGCAGUGUAUGCAGAAGAUGACUUGCCCGAGCAGCCUUAUCACGACCACGAUCCGGAAAGCGGGAGGGGCCGCCGACAGCCCACAACAGAAUAUGCUGGCGGAUAUGCUCCGGCUGCUGCUGGUACCGCUACGAUUGACGAGUACUAUUCGCCGACGAGGACGCAGUCCCAGAACGCUUACCCACCGCGACAGCGGCAAGGCAGUGGUCAUACUCAAACCACUUCAGGAUUCGCCCCUUCGACAUAUGCUUACGGUAAUGCUUCCCCUCAAGUCACACCAUUUGUACCAGCGCCGGUUCCCGCACCCGCACCGCAAGCGUCGUAUCUCUCCCCAGGUAACCAAUACGGUCAUCAACAAUAUCCAAGCGCCCAAGCGUACGGACACACCGCUGGCGGAACUACAUCUUCUCAUCAUCAGCAACCCACUGAUGCCCACUCUUACUAUGAUCCCUACAAUUCCAGUGGCUAUGCCAUGCCGCAAGCGUCGGAACCCACUCUAAACCCUGAGACAUACAAUAACACAGCCAUGCUCAUGCCGUCGGGCACGUCACCCAUCGGGAAUGCAUCACCAUACCAUUCGCAGUCUUCGCCAGUGCACCAGCCAGUAUACCCGCCGGAGCGCAGCUACACAGUGAGCGGAGGGGGCUAUGGCGGGAACGUUCUUCCCGCAUUCAACGAGCCUUCCACGGCUGACGGUCACGGCGAUGCCUACCUGCCAUACCCUGGGACUUCCACAGCCCCGCAUAUAACAACAUCGCCACCACCUAUUGAUACUCGCGUGGGUGCUCUAUCAAACCCGCACGCAAGUCCUGUAAAGGGACCACGAGCGCAGAGGAAUUCGGUGGUGUCACCACCCGCGCAUUACGAUGAUAGUCCACCUGUGUAUGAGGAUGUCGCUCCACAGACACCCGGGGGAUGGUCA